GGGAGUGGGACGGGACAGGAGUGAAAAUCCGCUCCUGUGUCAUGCUGUAAUGUAAAGGAAGAAAACUUGAAUUCCACUUUUUAGUUGCGCCCUCUGGUGGCAAAGCAAUUGGUAAUUGCAGUGUGACAACAAGCCCCGGUCUCCCCUACUAGUAUCUGAGAUUAAAUACAGCUGAAUAGAUGGUUAAAGAGAGCUUUGUUAAAGGUUUUCCCCCUAUUUCAUUUGUAUAUUGGAUUAGUCUGACAUUAGAAUGAACAGAAGUUUAUUUUUUAAAAGGUAAAAAGUUAGCUUUAGUUUUUUAAUAUAGUGAUCAAAUACUGGGUUAUUGAUAGGUUGUAUUGAUUGGGUUAGAUGAGGUGAAGAGGAGCACUACAACUGGCUCCGUGCAUGCAUGCGUGCUGCAGACGCGUGCCUGUACGGAAGUGCGUUUUUUUUUUUUUUGCGCGUGAUGUAUGUCUGCCUCUCCCUCGGGUCCCUGAAGUGACAUUUCCCCGGAGGAGCGGUGCACGGAAGCCGGCUCGGUGCUCAGUAUCCUCCUCGGUUCAGUAUGCGCCACCCACAGAGUGAGAGCUGUUAGCAUCAUAAAGCGCUCAGAGCUCAGACAUAACACAACAUAAUACUAGAGAAUACAGGAACUGCGACGGAGAGAGAGAGAGAGAGAGAGAGAGAGAGAGAGAGAGAGAGUUUACCGAGCAAAGUGCGUUAUCAGCUGCUGCACAGACAGGCGGUGUUGGAGGUGUAGAAAGAGAGAAAGAGAGGGUGGAGGUGUAGGAGGAGGAGGACAGACGGAGCUCUCUCUCCUUCCUUUAGUCGUUGUCGGUGACGGUGUCGGUGAUACAGAUGGGUGCGACUCUCCUCAGCACGCGCCGGGAGCACGAGCGGUCCCCCCCUAAUGCAGCCUGAAUCCAGCUGCGAAUGACUCUCUGCUAACAGUAAGUUCAAUUACAUCUCCGCCUUCAUUCCUCUUCGACUUAUUUCUUCAUUUUAUCGCCUGUUUUAAAGAACACCGAGAGCCUGAGUGACACAGUAGGAAGCAAAUGUCAUCAUGUGUCCCUCCUGUGUUGUAAUGAGAGCGUCAGCACGUACAAACUUUUACAGCCUCCAUACUGUUUCAGGCUUCAUCCACCUCUUUUUAUCAGCUGCUAUCAUUAGAGACUGUGCUUAUCUGUGGCAACACCGCGCUACGGCUGCUGUUAUUGGGCAGAAAAAGGAGCAUUCUGGGGUGUGACUUCACUGUAACCUAGUUACAGCUGUUUGUGUGUACACCUCAGUCAUAUGCAGGCUGUUUGCUCUGGUCAGAGGCAGUGAAUAGGAGGCAUUCAGACUUGGUCAGAGCACAGACUGGCCUGUUUAUAACUUGUUUCCCCUGCAGGCCUGCAUGUGCCCUCUCAUUCUCUUUUCAUAAGCGUAAGUACAAACCAAAAUGAAUUGAUGAAUGCAUGUAAAAAAGAGAGAGUUAAGCAUCGCUGGAGUCCAAAAAAACAAAGGCACAAUGGAAAGUUGGGAGUGCCAGAACAUUUUUUUUAAGUCACCCUCGAGGCUUUUUAGCUCCUGCUCUUUCUUACCCAGAGAAAGGCUGUGAGAGUCGGCAGGGGGUCCUCAGGGGAUUGAUUCUGCUGGUGUUCAGUUACAGCAGCUACCUGUUAGCCAUCCUGCAGGUUCUGCAAGUUUAAAAACAUAACAUUAUCAGGAUUUUAGAGCUUCAGCGGCUGGUUCUGUGUGUCUCUAUUCGACAUUUUCCCAGUGCUUAUCCUGUAUCGGCCUCUCUCCCUCCUUCACCUCUCUUCCUGAAACAGUGUUUACUUGAUGUCUAUCUUCAUGGCAAUCCAAAUAGCAAAGAAAGGAAAGGGAAAUAGCAGGAGGGGUGACCAUGCAAAUCCUGCCCUGCUGCUGCUGCUGCUGCUGUGGGGCAGACGGACGUGUUAAACAAAUGAAAUACAACAUGCCCUCGCUGUGGUGUGGAUCUCUCAUGUGAAACGUUUUGAAUUUGCUCUCAGAUGUUGGGUUCAAGUGUUUCCAACACCUACAAGAGUCAAAGCGUGCCAGAUAAACUUGAUAAACUUUAUUUUACUACAAUCCUGUCGCUGUUUUUAUCCUCUAAGGCAAUGAGGAAUAGUUUCUGUGGUACCCUAUGUAAAUAAAAUUCAAAGUGCUUCACAUAAACUGACAUUAAAAAAACAAAUUUGGCAUCAGGUUUUCUUUUGAAGUAGAUUUUGAUCACAGCGAAGAUCGUGUGUUUUUUCACUCAUGAUUGACAUUGAAAGAAGAUUACAGGGACAGUUUCAUGGCAGGUAUGAAAACCACAGAGAACUCGCUCUGGUUACAUGACAAUUGUAUUACAUUUUUUUACCUAAACCUUAAAUGACAGGAUGGUUAACACACAGUAAAAUAAAUAGCAUUUGAAGGGAGAAGACAAAAUAGAACUUUAAAGACACAGUGAGGAGUUUUAACUGGUUUCAGAUAAGUUUCACUCUUAUAUUGUUGAUUUCUUAUGUUCUAUAGAGUCAAAAAGGGAUUAUCGGCAACAAAACAGAUCAUUUAUACUCUAUUUCAGUGCUUGUUUAUGUUUUUAUUCUUGUUUUAAAUGUCCAGCUGAUAUUUUGUUAAGAGCUCAGCUGGUAAAGUUUGGCAGGAGGACUUCUUCUGUUAUCAUAACAAACUGACAAAAAGUCACACGCUUGCAGGUGACGUAAUGUUUUGGACAGAGGAACUCCACAAAGAAAGGACAAAGUGUCUUUAACCCCUCCUAUUGUAUGAUAAGUCACCAAAAGACCACCAGGACCGACUCUUAAACAUGCAGCCAAGAGGUGACCUCGCCGGUUUAGCCAUGGUGCUGAUAUCACACCCUUUCUACCAACCAAAACACACUUUAAACUUUCCAUUAAAACUUUGAAGAUCCUUUAGGUCGGUAUGGUCCUGAUCCUUGUGUUGAUUAGAGGCAGACUCUCAGUUUUGGAAAGUUUAACGUCUCUUACAUUUGUGUGUUAUUCAUGUUUUCUCUUGCUGUUCCUGCUGCAGGAGCCUCAUUGGUAAACUCAGCUGUCAAUCAAAACAUCUUUUUAAAAUCAAAUAAGUGAUUAGAAAUAAUCAUCUCAGAAAAAUAACCUUGUAGACAUAAAUCGUCAUGAUGAGAACCAUCCAUGAACAUAUUUGAUGUAUGUUUUAGUCUUGUAGUUUGACCCACUAGCAUAAGGAGGGCAGGAUUAUAACUGUGUUCAAGUUUCCUCAGAAGUCAGAUGUAGGAACUGGAAAUGACGUCAUGCCCGAGUUACCAGAGUUUCAGUUACCAAGUCGGACAAAAGUAAAUUCGGAGGUGGAAACAAGAUGGCUACAUCUACAAAAGUUAUUUUAGCACUUGCCUUGUCCUUGUUAUAUUCAGACAAUAACUUUCGUAGAUGUAGCCAUCUUGUUUCCACCUCUGAUUUUGACUUUUUCCUGACUUGGUAACUGAAACUCUGGUAACUCCGGUGUGACGUCAUUUUCAGCUCCGACUUCUGACUUCUGAGGUAACUCUAACGCACCAUAUGACCUGUUACACUGCAGCAGACCAGCAGGGGGAGCUCUAAAUGUUUUGGCUUAAAAAGUUUGUUAAAUUACAACUACAGCUGCUUUUUUGAGUUGAUGUAAAUAUUGUAUUUUGUAUUGAAUGUGCCUCUAAUACCCGUGUCUUUAAAAAAAAAAUCUGUAUUUUAUUUUAAGUGAAAAUUAAAACCCUGACUGAGGACAGAAUCAGACCUGUUUCAGUUUGAAACCUGUGGCGCCGGUGCUGCUCACUUUGGUCUCUGAUUUAUAAAUGAGAUAAAAAUUUAAAUACUUUCCUCAAGCAGGUUUAAAUUUAGACGUUUGCGUUCAUUUCUGUACACCAGACCAUGAAACACAUCCUUUCUCUGCUCUCCUCCCGUCUGACGCAGCUGGCACCAUGCUCCCCCGAAACAUGCGAACAGGUGGUUAUGACCUGCCGGGGGUGGAGUCAAGCGAAGUGCCCCUUAUUGGCUACAGGCCGCUGUCACCUGACUCUGGCGUGAACCAAUCAGGAAGGAGAGGCAGCAGAGAUGAGGUGGAAACUUCACAGGUGAGUGUUGGGCUCUCGCCUUAUUGAAACACAUCCAUCACUGAGUCAGCUGAGCGUGUUACACAGAGAUAUGAAGAACCACGCUCUCACGGCUCUGCUGUUUGUGUUGUUUUAGCGCUGAUAAUCUCCCCGGCUGUUACAUACUUUAUUAGAUUUUCCUGCAGUGUGAGCUUUUAUUUCUCAUGAUUCUCCUGGCAGACACAGCUAGCAGUGUGAGUGAAAGCUGUGUUUGAGUCCCAGUUACUUGGAUCAACAGCAGAUGUGGUAGACUCACUGCGAGGGGAUUGAGUCAGUGUGAUGCAACAGAGAGAGACAGAGAUGAAAGUCCAGGAUUUGAAUAACACUUUUGGGGCUUUCCCACCGAGAAAACCCCAGAAAUGUUGUUAUUUUCUUAAACUAAACUCAACAGGUAAAAUGAACAGAUUUUAGUUUCUCUAGUUUCAUUGUAGAUUUCAUAACAGAACUGCUGAACUGCAUGAUUGCAGAGAUGUUGUCUGUACUAAUGCAGGAGAUGAAGUCAUUAUGUUACAAUCAGGCAAAAACGACCUAUCAAUGCUCGACUGAUAUUUGCUUUUCAUGGCCGAUACUGAUACAGAUUAUUAGCAGCUCAUGGGACCGUUAACAGAUAUUUGGUAUCAACUAUAUUUGCAGCAGAAACGACUAUCUCUCUAUCAAAACUCAGAAUUUGAAAUAUCACAAAUAUAGCCGUAGCUCAGGCUGAUAUUUUGUCUGUCCAAUGGGAAUGCAGCACUCAGAGAUUUUGAUGGUAGGAGUGCAGAUGUUCUGCACAGUAAUAAAACUCAAAAUAAUGAAUCUCCUUCUUGGUUUUGGAGCAUAGUGGACACGUUUGAAGUAUCUAUAAUACUUUAACAGUGCUAAUCAAUCCCCGUGGAAAUCAAUUAAGCCCAUUAAAUUGCAGUUAAUUAAAUCCCACAGUGUCUAUGUGAUGACUAUCUUAGUGUUUUACAAGCUAAUUCAACCUACAGGGCGUAGCGUUUACUCCUCACAGACAGGAGGAAGUGAUGUCAAAUGGUCGGGUACCAAAUCCUUUGAGUGACUGUCUCCUCCUCUGUCGUUUGUGUAUUACCUUCACUUCAGCGUACGGUGCUGCUGGGUCAAGUUUGAUGUGUUUGACUCUUUAGUUUCGCAGACAGGUGAUCUGUUCUCUCGAAUAUCUCUGUGGUCGAUUUAAUUUCCCCAAAAUAUCGCCACCGUGGAGACUUUUGGAUUUCUGCCCAGCUGUACGAAAAAAUACACAAGGCAAAUAUAAACGUAAUAGUUUUCUUUUUCCCUCUAUCUCAGAUAUGUGAUCUUUAUCUCGUAUCUUGACAUGUUUUGGCGAAAAACUUGUGAAGAAGGCGGAAGUUUCUGCCAAAACAUGUCAAGGUGAAAAAGAUGACAUGUCUGAGAUAAAGAAAAAAAAGAAAACUAUUUCUAAGAAACUGAAGACAUUAUGAACAUCAUUUAACGAACAAAUAUAAAUGUAAUUAUCACUAGUAAACAUUAUUAAUCUAUACAUAAUAAUCAUCAGAAUUUAUAUUAAACACUCACCGAUCUUGGAUUUUUACAUUCUGGCAAAUACAUUUUAUAUUUAGAAAGAUACCAUUGAAUCGGCAUAGUGAGGGCAGAUGCAGAUAUGACAUAGAUUACAAUAAAAUGCCGUUAAUCGGCCUGAUUAAUCGGUCUCUCUUCAAUUAAGAUUUGCUUUUUAAAAUAAUUUGUAAUAAUGAUAAUAAUAAAGUCCUUGAGUACAUUUUCCCACCAAACAUCAGACGUCGAAGAGACGUGCAGAUCAAGUCAGUAUUGGGUCGGUCCAUCAAAGACCAAAUCUAGACGUCAGUUCGGCGUGCAAAAUAAGUUAGAAAUUUCGACGUCUGACGUUUAGAAUUUGGACGUCGUCUGAAGACCAAAUCUAGACGUCGGCACAACGUGCAAAAUAGAUCCAAGAUUUAGACGUCACUAUUGGACCUCUUUCAGACGUUAAAAUGACGUCCACAUUUGUACCUCAAUGUCAAAAAAAUACGUUAAAUAGAUGUCACUUCGACGUCGCAUUGCGCAGUGGGUUGGUUGAUUAAUAAUGCAAACUCUCUCGUCAGCCUCAGAUUUACUUCAUCUCUAAAUCUAAAUAUCAAGUUUUAGCCUGUUAACACCAAACUAUUUAAACCGACUCAGUAUCAGACCCUCAGUCUUGCUUGUAAAUGUGGUUUUUAACACACUUUUCUGCAUUUAAGUUCAUUUAAGUUUUUUCCUGGCUUGUACACAGUGACUAUCUCCAGGCUGCAGUCUGUAAUAAUGUGGACUAAAGCUGAACCAAAUAGGAGGAAGUGAAAAGGUUCAUGACACUCGUGGAUUUCCCAUGACCUUUCACAUCUGUUAAUAUUUAGCUUUGGGCCUCAUCGUUAUCUAAAGUGAAAGGAAUUUUUAAAAACAGUAUAAAAUAUCUUCAGCCAAGGAUGAAUUUUCUUCUCUUUUGUUCAUGUGCUGUAAAUCUUCAGGCGUCAGCAGCUAAGUAGGUAACAUUUUCACUGAGUCACACUGAUCUACUGACCCAGUCUCUCACCCCCAUGACACAUGACCUGCAUAAAGAGCUCUGUUUUUACUUCACACCGAGCCUCAAGAGCCUCCUCGCUGCUAAAAAAAGACCUCGCACUGUCUGACUGUCUUUCCGAAUGAUCAGACGUCCUCGGUGCUGCUCACAUGGCAGCUGUUGGACCUCACAGUAAAUAAUGUAUGUGGUGGUUUUGGCUGGCUGAUGAGACGUACACCUGCUCGCCCUACAAACAGGGAUCUAAUAUCACAGGCCGUCUCUAUGGAGAGCCUGUGGAGUGAAAUCCAAUACGGCUUCAUGGAGGAAACUCGGAUAUGUGGGUCAGGAUACGUGAAGUGACAGGCUCGAGGCUGUGAGGUUAAGGCAACACAACACAAAGUAUCUUUUCAUGCUCGGUUUCAUUAAUCCUGGUUCAAGAUGAUAGGAUGCUUUUCAGAUUUGGUGGCGUGUUUCUGUGACGGCGAAGGUUUCACUCGUUGACUCAUCGUAACAACAUCCCUUUUCUUCUUUUAUGUCAAAUAAAUCACUCUUACAGAGUCACCUCAAUUCAGAUUAGACUCUGUCUUGACUCGGCAUCACGGCUCUGAAGUAAAAGACACAUCGGUCCUGACCUAAACAAAACCAGCAACCUGGAAAACGGACGGCGAGGACGAAGAAAGGAGGUGUAAGAAGGCAAAAAUGUUUAAAGUAUGUGCAGGGGUGAGUCAAACAGGCAGACAUCGAAGAGAUAAGGCCGAUAUCUUUUUAAUACAUGAUCCAUUGAAAAAUGCAGGGAGCUCCUUGUGGUUAAUGGUGGACAUGUGAUUGAGACAUAGUUUCUUCGAUUGUGAUGUUGGAAAAGGUGUGCUGCAGGCGGUGCCCCGAGUCAUCCUCUUCCUGUCUGUAUCAUAAACUUUAAAUCAUCAUGUCCCAUCACGGCUAAAUCCCACCGGAUCUGAAACGGCUGCGCUCCGCUCCGGAACAACAGCCUGAUCAAAUACGCAAACAUUAUAACCAAUGUGCGAGAUUCCACACAAUACGUCCGCCUUCUUCACGUGGUAAUGGGAGGGGCCAGGGUUGUGGGAUGUGGGUGUUUAUACACACCGCCGAUCUCAUUCAGUGUCUCACAGGGAAACACGUGAGAUCUCGUGAGAACUCGUCCAGUCUGUCGAGAAAUAUUGGUAAUAUCGCAAACGCUUCUUCUUCACUUGCAGCAGGAUCGGAUCCGAUGGGCGCUGUAUGCUUGUGUUUUUGAGUCGCCUGCUGUUCCGGAGUGGAGCGUAGCGGAUCUGCAUGCGGUUGAAUCUCGGCAUUUGAGUCACUAAUACUCAGUCUUUUCUGGGAGUCCUUGAGCUCCAUCAUGCCGUAGGCUCCUCUGGAUCGCUGCUGCAGACAUGGACUUUUUUUUCCUGCUCAUGCAACAACCUCCCCUCUGUCCUCUCUCUCUCUCCUCUCUAAAUUCAUCUCAGUCUCAGCAGAUGACUGUCUAACAUGAGUCUGGUUCUGCUCGAGGUUUCUACCUGAAAGCACUUCACUCAUGUGGUUGAAGAUGGGUUGGGGAAGUGAGUCUGACUUUGGGCUGUAAAGUUUGAUUGGUUGACUCAAUUUUGUUCCGUGUCAAUUUACAGUCAAUGGUCAAUUUUAUCAGGAGGAACGUACCAAGUCCUCAUGAGGGUGUUUUCAGAGCACCCGCUUUUCACAGGUAACGGCCUGUCUCAGAACACCCCCCCCUGUUUUCACCAUUUUGGAUUCGCCCAACCCACUGGAGACCGUCUGGAGACGAAGAUUAGAGAGUGACCACUCUAAUCAACGUUCGGUGGUUUGCUGAAUCUGCCUUCUUGUGCUGAUAUCAGUAUAUUUUCACCCAACCUGCUGCAGAAGGGUUUGCCGUCAGAGUCGAGAAAAAUCCCCCCGAUUGGUCGAUUUUUGGUAGAAAACUUCAGGGUUUUAGUUGACCGAGAAUUUCUUCACAGCCCUUGUCUGGGUCUUUGUAAAUAGGGUCUGGUCUAGCACUUGUUGUGAAUUGGCUCUAUUUAAAUGAAGAUUGAUUGAUUAGUGGUUACCUUAUAUAGACUCAUAAUCCCUCAGACAGGACCAGGUUUAAGAAGCUGAUCUGGAUAGUUGUCAGUGAAGUAACUCAGAGGAGUCAGGUUAGGGCAAAGUUUUCUAAAUAUCCUCACAGACUGACUGGAAGAACAUCACAGACUGAUGAUAUCUCACAGGGUAAUCCUGUCCUCAGAGGAUUUCUCUUUUUUUCAUUUAAGGGGAAAGAGCAGCUUUGGCUUUAAUGCCUCAGACUUCUACUUAAAAGCAUGAAGAUAACGGGCACCAGGGGAAACACAGAUGAAAGCGCGAGGAGACGAGCGGAGAGGAAGAUAGGAAGGAAGGGGUCUGGGGGUGCUGGACCUUUCCCAAAAAACAAUGGUUAUCUUUAAAUAAAGCUUCAGAAGAUGUAUUUACGAGCCUUGUUUGGUUGUAAAUAAGGGGGCAUAUGUGUAUUUGUUCAAAGACAAAGCUCUUUAGCACACAGGAAGCCUGACUUUAUGGAUUUGUUUAAGGACAAAGGUGGUUGUUUUGAAAAAAGAGCCAGUUUCCUACCGAAAGCUGACGUAGUCGUUCAGGAGGAGAGGUUGACACAGUCUGGAGUUGUGAUGGAAGGAGAGGGGAAGAAAAAUAGCUUCGCAGCACGACAGCAUGUCCUGCUUCCUGUGUUUGUCUCCACUUAUUAUGUACUUCCUGUAUGCAGCUCGGGGGGGAGGGGGGUUUGAAGAGAAAUGAGAGCUUCGUAAAGAUAUCAUCUUUAAAAAAAACAAAGAAAGGACAGAAACAAUAGAACACUUGGGAAAAGUCAAUAUUGGUUCGAUGAAACCUCCCAACUAAGAGCCGCUCAGUCUUGUAUUACGAACCAGAACCAGCUCAUGCCACCCACCGCAGCGCCCUGAUCCACCAGCCGCUGAGGGAACUACUCCAAACUACGCUCGCCUCCUGAAAAGGUUUCUGUGACCCACAUUCAGGCUGAAUUUAAUAAGCAAACCCACAUGAAGAUACCGUCUUAUUCCAUCUCUUCGAAAGGAAAAAAGGAGCAGAGCAAAGGACGAUCUUUCUUUGUGUCUGUGCUGAAGGCCCACAGGAAACACUGGAUAUAAAGUGUUAUCAAAUAAUGCUGCACAAUUAACAAGCUUUAUUAAUAACAGGUGUUCUGCCAUUGCUAGACUUCAAAUAAGGGAUGCAAACGUCACAUUUUUCUGUGCUUGAUAUCUGACACAGUACCCCACAUUUUUUUUUGUAGUUGGGCUUGUUCUCAUGCGACUCAUUUAGCUCUCUGCAACAACUGUGGGUCUAUAUUUGGAAGCUUUUCUCCAACGUAUUGAACAAAUUUCCUUUUUUGCACAUUUCUUCAUGGCAUCAAUCAUAUUUUGAAGUUUAUAAAGCGAUACCAGUGUGAAAUGAUUACAAAAAGAAAGGUUAAUUAUGUUCUCGUAUGAGAUCAUAUGAGGCUCAGCAGGUCCUAAUUGUAGGUGAUGUCAUUGUUUGCUCAGGCUCCCUGUCAGAGUAAAUAGACUUUACUUUGUGUGAAGUCCUGCCUUUCAGGGUGACUGAUACUCAUUAGUUUAACAGGUUAAGUCCUUAAGAAGUAUGAACUGGGUUUAUCAUAGUUUGUUAAAUUGUUUGUAGUGUAGGGCUGCGACGAUUAUUCGAUGUUGUCUACAAACAUGGAUAAUGGAAGAAGUCAACAAUGAAUUCCAUUGUCGACUUUUGUCGCCAGACGUGUUUUUAUCCAGUGGAGUGAGGCGUCUUACUUCAUUACGAUCUCUGCCCAGAGUCACAUAUGUGCAAUAGUGUCUCUGCUGAGCGGUCGGGUAUUCAAACAUGGCGUCCAAUACAGCAGCUAUGAGUUUGUGCUUAAAUACCUCGAAAGUUUGGGAGCACGUUAGCCUCGAUAAGGCAAAAAAAAAAAAAAAACUUGCAAGGUUUGCAAAGCAGAACUUUCUUAUCAUGGCAGAAAGUCAGUGAUGCACGAACAUUUGAGGAGAAGGCACGUAAUUUUAUCCGAUUUGUUUCAAUAGUUGGUGACUAGUCGACUAUUAAAAUACUUGUUAGUUAGUGCAAGUUUGCAAACUUUAAGCACUUUUUGCGAAUUCUAUUUUUCUGCAGCAUCAAACUUUCCGGCCCCUUUUGAGCACAAAAACAGAGCAAAGCGUGGAUGAAUUUGUCUUUUUAAGUAGCUAAAUUAAAAGAAAUAUGGCUCCAAGUUUUUUGCUCUACAUUAAAACUCAUAACAGCUCCAUAAAGUAGCAUUAAAGUGUCUGUGGUUUGUUACACUGCCUCCUAGUGGUGAAAAAUUGACCACUUCUGCUUUAAUAACUCUCUGCACUGGCUGCUCUUACUAAAGGGUGACAUAUUAACCAGCUCACUGCUGUCCUCUCACACACACACAGUUCCCACCUCGCUAGUUAACGCGGCCUCGCCAUGAGAUGUCAUUAGCGCUUUAAAUAAACACAGCUUGCUUCCUGGUUUACUGCCUGUGUGAACAUUUAUUGCUUCUCUCUGUACAAGAUCACAGACUUCUUACCACUCAAGCGGCGUGUCAGACCUCCGGGUGAAACAUAAAUAAAGCUUGUCCAAUCAGACGCCGCAGGUUAAUUGUUGUUUAGCUAAGUGUUGUAUUAAACAGGAUACUCAGUUAAACUGGUUUAUCUGCGUGGGAAGGUCAUCCACAAAAACAAAGAGAGCAGGAGAGCGCGGACUGUAAGAGAGGGGGUAUUGUUCUGGAAACAGCUUCAGGGCUCUCAGUGUGUGUGUGUGUGUGUGCGUGUGCAGGAUAGUCUCCACGCAUGUGUCCGUUGAUAAGAGACUACUCCUGUGUGACCUACAUGUGCGAUUUUCUGCAUGUGUGAGUAUGUGUGGGUACAAACUGACUCACCGCAAAUGAGUGUUUUUGCUAUCAACCGCAGCAGAUCCCUCUCGUGUUUGUUGUGAGUGUGUGUAAAAUGGGUGUGCCCAGGUAGGCGCAGGCUCGCGGGGGCCGGACUUUAGCUCCUGCUUCAGGUGUGUCUUUGUGAACCAGAGCCACAACACACAGAGGGGUCAGACAGAUAAGACAUUAACCACGCAGAUCUAGAUCAGGUAGAAUAAGAAGAGGACAGGUCAAGAGGAGGACAAUAAGGAAGCCGCCGAUGAGAGAAAAUGCAGAAAAUGAGACCACUUUGCGAACUUUUAUCCUGAAGUUUUCCAGGAAGCUUAGGGAUCGCUACCUGUCCGGGCUUGCAGAGGUAAAGGUAAUUUGUGUGACCAUUUUUUCCCCCCUCUCUGUGCGAGUGUGUUUGUGUUUUUUGGCUGAUUUCGUGGGAAAGGUAUAGUCACAGACAGAUUUAGCGUCACAGAUAGCAGCUAGAAUAACAGGUUUGUAACACAGGCUGUAUAAUCCAGUGAGCUGGAUCCUCUCUGAAUGCAAAGAUCGCCUGGUAGCAGUGCUGACCCACGAUCAAGUCAAGCUAAGGUAAUUGGAAAGAGGCUAAUAGGGGCUAACAUAUGCAUAUUACAGCUAAUUGCACCAGAGGUCAAGGGUGGUUGAACUGAAUUGCUCCUGCUGUCAGUAUGGAUAAGAUUCUCGGUUCAUAUGUAGACGAAGAAUUUGCAUAGGAGAAAGCGUACAAGUCAGCACACGCAGAAUGAAUGAAACAGGACAUUAGAUCUCUGUUUUCAGAGGCUAACUGACCCACUAAGAUGAUUCCUCUGCAUUCGUUUGAGUAAGUUUCCACAGUGUUGCGCAUGUUUACCAGAAAUGUCGACACCACGAUGAGUAGCAAAACCGUCCAGAAUUACCAGGGGAGUUUGUCAGAUGUCUGAAAUGACUCCACACGCUGUUUUACUCAUGCAUUAUGUAGUGUGGAAAAAGUCACAGUUACGAAAGAGCCGAGGUCAUGAGAUGGGUGAGGUGAUUCGGUUCAAAGUGAAAAAGCUCUGUCUGAGAUCUAAAUGUAAACAAAGAGGCAGCCUCGGGCAUCAGAUCCUACAACAGGAGAUAGAAGGAAGAGACGGUCUUUCUCAUAGUGGUUUACAGCUGUUUACUCUGAGAUAAAGCUGUCACGUUCGCUCUGCAGGGGAAUGAUGCUGCUCAAGAGGCAUUUAGGGACAGGGAUAACUGUGACCUAUGAAACAGCAGUGUAAUAUCACACUUAAGUUAAAGUAGUGACGCCUGACAACCAAACAGAGAGAGGUGAUUGGAGUUUAAGUAUAAACUGAGGUAAAGUGUGUCACCAGGUCGACUGUUUAGUGGCUAAAAAAGUAUUUUGGGGUCUUGACCAAUCAGAGUCAAGUAUAAAAGUAGGGGUGGCGAUCAACAGUGGCUCUACGAUACGAUAUUAUCAUGAUACUUGGCCCAGAUAUGAUAUUAUCACAAUACGAUAUUAUCAUGAUACUUGGGCCACAAUACGAUAUUAUUCUGAUUUUUAGCAUUUUGCAAUACAGUGAGUAUUGUGAUUUAUACACUUUUUCAACUGUUCAGCUAAUUUAGCAUUUAGCGCUCCUUUAUGUUUGUCUUGUUUACGCUUUAUUUCAUUUUCAUGUUGCAUAUCUUGCAAACCUUUUCUAUAUAUUUGUUGUACUAACUUUCUCCUGCUCUAUGACGUCACUCCAGCCGACCUUGCCGGACAAACAGUUGAUUUUGUUUUUCUAUUAUCGUAGAUUUGACUUCUUAGGAGCUAUUAAUUGGUAAAUGAGACAAUAUAAUAUCACCAGACAAAAUAUCGCGAUACUAUGCUGUAUCUAUUUUUUUCUCCCAACCCUAAAAUGUAAGUUUGUCGGUGGUUCCCAAACUUGGGGUUGAGUCCCUAUAAAGGGUCACAUGAUAAAUCUAAGGUGUUGAAGAUGCACGAGAUGCUUCACCGUGUCUUUGUUAGCAUAUAGUACGGUGUGCUGUGAAGCCCAAACUUUUAAUUUCUCUCAAACUCUUUAACUCCUUGUUCCUGCAGUGUUCAGAUAAAUUCACCCGCUUCAAAAUCCGACAUUACAAACUCGUCGUCUGUCUUUUUACUCUGCGGCUGUUUUGACAGCGUUCAAAUGUCUCUUGACUGUCGCUGCAUAUCACACUCCCUCUGUCUAAUAAAGAGCUGUGACUCAUCUGCUGUGUGUAGCAUGAGCUGGCUGCAGAGUCCAGUGGGAGCUCAGUGUGUGUGUGUGUGUGUGUGUGUGUGUGUGUGUGUGUGUCAGUAUGUGGUUGUCAUUGAACGCUGCCAGGACUGGUUCUUCUUAUAUAUGUGGAUCACAUUCGGCUGCGGGCAGAUUAAUUGUUUUGAAGACGGUAAGAUGAACAAAAACAUUCAAGAGCUAAAAAAUCCUAAAGAUCCAGUUUUCCUGUGUUUGUCGAUUCAGAAAACUUACUUCACUCCAUCCACGUGCAGGAGUGUGGAUGUUUGUAAUAUGUGGAUGCUCAUUUUGACGAUUGAGGUUAAAACCACCUAAAAAGAUGAUCUAAAACAGUGUUUAAGUCAUUAAUUGACAUUUGAUUAACCAACAUAAAACUGUUUGUUCAUGUUUGAUAUUCGCAUGUUUUGUGCUGAAAAUAAGAGGGCAGCUUGAUGUUUCUAGGAUUUUGUUUGCAUCUCUUGCAUCCAGAGCAUUAACAAUUGUUUGUUUUUUCAAUCCUCUGCACACAGAAUAUCUUCUAAACUGAGUUUACACUCCAUAAUCUCAUGGAUAAACUGUUCAUUAUCAGCUGCAUUUACAGUGACUGUGUCCUUCUACCAGAGAAAGAACAGGCUGCAGUGUUUUCUCAAGUGGCAAAAUUAUGUGUAAUAUCAUAUCGUGGCCCAAGUAUCGUGAUAAUAUCGUAUCGUGGGGCCAAGUACAGCCAAACUGUACCGUCCUACGAGAUGCAACCCGCCGUCUGUGCUUGUGUGCGUCCAGGUUGUGCAGAACUUGAAGCAUCAUGUCAGUCGCAAAAGACCAGAACAAGUCUCACCUAGUCAACUUGCUGUGCUGCAACUUGUACACUGCAUAUGAUCUGCACUGUUGGUCCACAAAAGUAAAAGUAAUAAUAGUCAAUUUCACUGAUUAGAAAUUCUAGUGCAGGCUAGUACAAGUUAAAGUGAGUAAAAGCACAGAGGCUGUAUGUGACUGUGAUGAGCUGCUCUAAAAUCUGAAUCUAUUUUUAUUCUCCUGUAAUAAUGUGACCGGACUUCUCAUCAAACAUUCAAGCUAAAGAUGGAAACUCUUCGGUUUGCAGUCUCUAAUUUCAUCUGGGAUUAGUUUGCCUUUAUACUGAAACCAGCACCAACCGCUGCUGACCACUGCCAGAGAGCAGACACCCAAUAAUUACUCCAGAUUGCUGCUCCGCUAAUUGUGUCGUUUCGGAUCGUGGCUUUCCAUAAACUGAGUAUCUUUGUUCCAACACAUUUCUAUUUGUUCUCCUUUUCAGGCCGAGCCCUUCCCAAUGAAGACCACCUGGUACUGUCCUCUGGAUCUGGUAGGUCCAGCUGUGGGUGUGUGUGUGUGUGUGUAGGAGCAUGAAUGGGAUAAUGCUCCUGUGUGUCUGUCGAGUUUAAAAUAGAGUCACUGUGUCAGGGACUUUCCCUGAGGCUGAACCUGUCUGUCGGAGCUCCAUGUUGCGUGUGAGGGAAAAAGGAGUUCAAAGCGGCUCGAUUAUCACUUAUUUUUACACCUGCAUGAGUUCAGUUAAAGGACAGGACGACAUUUACAGCUUGUAUUGUGUUUUUGAUAUUCAAACUCUCAUUUCUCUCAUGUACAGUCCACUGUGGUGGAGGAGGAGGACGAUGGAGUGAUCUACACGGUGGUUGUGAGACAGCAGCAUGGUGCCCUUAAUAAUCCGGUGGUAAGUCCUUUUCAAAGACGUGAAACAGUCUUUGAAAACCUCCAGUUUGAAGCGAUAUUAACUCUGAUUUUUAACGUCUUCAUGCAGUCGUCGGUCACUCGCUCACAGUGUGUGAAAGCGGGGACGGAGGAGAAGCUGGUUCUGCACCUGCUCCAUUCAUUUUCUAUGGGGGACUCCUCCUUCAUCACCAUCUUCCUCUCCACUUAUCGAUCUUUCACCUCCACGCAGAGAGUGCUGGACAUCCUCACAGACAGGUAGGAGGGUUGUGUAGCUGCAGAGCUUAUAUCUGCCUACAAUGAACUUGUGGGCAGUGGCACUCGAUCACCGAGCAACAGAAGGAGGUGACCUGGAGAGGCCUCAGCACACAACCUGCAGAAGUUACAAGCUGCAAGGAUCUGCAGCUCAGAGGUCUUAUGGUGCCCCGGUCUUGACUUAAUGAAAAGAGAGGGGCUGCGCAAUAUGAGGCUUGUGGUCAUAACCUCAAAGCUGAUUUUUUCACAGUGAGAAUUUAAAAGGAAACUGUGUGGUAGCAGCUCAAUAUGCAGUGAUGCACAGCAAGCAAAGACGUCGUCAAUAUCCUGUCUGGCUGAGUUUGUGCUGCGUGGAGCAAUAAAAAGUCAGACUGAGAUUAAGUGGAAGACAGCGAAAGUGAAUAAACACCGCUCUUGCUUAACUGGAGGAGUAAAAAAAGCAGGAAUAAAGCUUCGCUAACAGCUCUGUGAGUCUGUGAGUCUGUGCUUUUGUGCAACGCAGCUCGCUUUUCUCACUUACAAAUAGAUAAAUGACGACAUCAAGUUAAUUUACAGCAGCAGGUCAAGAGAAACCUUGAGAAGAUGUGGCGAGGAUGUUUUACAGCUGGUUACAUUCAGCUCAGUGCAAACAGGGAGAUUUUUAGGGCUCUGCACGGGGAAACAAGUGACAAUCUACGGAAACAAAGACAUUAUGCAUAUUACAGUUGUGCAAUCUCACCUCAAGUGGGUUGAGGUUCAGGGUGCAACAUGGUGACUAAGUGCACUGUCCUUAUUAAACCUGCGCUGCUGCAGCAAAAUAUGGACGCACUUUGUAACAGGAGCUGAGGUACAUACUGUUUUAGAGACAGAGCAGUCAGAAAGACUGAGGAGCAUGUUCACCUCCUGAGUUCGAUUUUUGACCUGAUCGUGGGGAGUCACAAAGUUGGUGGAGACUUAUUGUUAAACUAGAAGUAGAAAUAAUAAUGGUCAUAAUAUUUUACCUGCAACUGAAGUCAUUAAUCUUAAUUUUCAACAAAGGUACAAACUUCUUAAAGGCCGAUGAGACCAGAUAAAACUUUGAUUGUAUGACGUGCGUUUCUUUAAAGCUCCAGUGUGGAAGUUUUGAUUUGUGUUAUAUUUGGCGCCCCCUGUGGACAAAGCAAUCUUUGCUUAUCUUGUUCUCUACAGGCUUAAAUUGUGGCUUUCACCAAAAAAAUUAAUAGGGCCAAAUGUAUUAUUAUGUGUGACUGUUUUAUGUGGAAAUAACGGAUCCUGGAAGGAGUCAUGAACUUCUAUUUUUUUUAAUUUGCACAUGCGAUUUGGUAUCUUGAACGUGCGUUUUAUACGUAUCUCGUAGGUACAUUUUAUUUGUAUCUUGCGCAUGCAUUUUUGCAGAUAAUCCUCGGCGUGCCUCAUUUGUGAGAGAAGAAGGACAGUGUCAUUGACAGAGAGCAUAUUAUCAAUAUUUUCUUUCAUUUAGGUAUGACUCACAAAGACAUACUUUAUAGCUGAGCCACAUUUAGUAUUGUUUUGAGUAGGAGAAACCUCAUCAGGAUCCUUGAAGCACAACGACUUUGGAGGAAGAGAUUUUGUUUAUUAGCGAACAGUUAAAUCGCACGUGGGAUAUAAUAAAACGCACAUGCGAGACACUAAAUCGCACCUGUGAAUUAAAAAAAAGUUAUUGUCACCUCCCGGCUCCGUAGGAAAGUGUAAACACAGGUCUGUUUCUUUACCUGCUCUGUAAUUGUUCAAAAUCAGGAUUUAAAAAAAGGCCAAUUUUGCUGCUGAUACUUACAACUAAAUGAUCAAAAAUCUAAAACUUAAGAGCCAAAAAACUAAAAACAACAAACUUAAUUUCCAGGAGCUGGUUCUGUAGAGCACGGUGUCUUCAAAGUGAAACUUAAUUAAACAGCGACUUGAAGACUUAAUUUAGUGUCUCUCAGUAUUACAGGAAGCACCUGUGUGUCUGUUUAUGAUAACAGCGGCUCUGCUGCGUUUUCUGAGGCUGCCUGUGAACUCUCCGCGUCGUGUUUUAAAGUCUCUCUGAAUAAUUGAGGCAUUUUGUGAAACACCUGUUUGGGAAGUUUCUCCGGAGAGUCACUUAAGAUCUUUUAAUCAGUACAACUGCACUUAAGUUAAAAGCAUCUUAGGGAAAAGAAACCAUAAAUAAAUUAAUUAGAAGUCCCUCCGUUAUUUGUCAGUGAAGAGUGUGAGAGUUUGUUGUUGUUGUUUUUUUUCUGUCUGCCUUAUUAACUAAAGCUCCUCUGUCAACAGAUUAGAAAACCCACCAGGAGAAAACGAGAGGAGCCACACCAGACAAUCUUUCAACAAGUGAGUUUGUGAAAAUUCAACCUCACAUCAUUUGACUUCUUAAGCUGUGAGUCUCUGUGUAAAUAAACAUGAAUGUGUCAUAGGUGUGUCCUCAAAGCUGGUCAAAGGCGUGACAAAAUACAGGAUCAAAGGGUCCUAAUGCCUACUACAUAGAAAGAGGCUAAAGUUCUCGUCCCAGGUCCUGGUGGUCGCUGGUUCGAUUCCAGGUCUUGACCCUGCAUGUCUUCCUCUGCUCUCUAUUCUCCACAUUCCCCAUCUCUCUUCAGCUCUCCUAUCUGAUAAAGUCAACAUUUUGAGAUGAAGAUUGCUAAAACAGUCAACGGCAUUAAGAAGCAACAAAACCUUUAAUUAUGACUAAUUCUGAUGUGCUUUUCAUUUAGUUUCACCAAGCCACCAAGCUUCUUAAUGCCAUCUUUCAUCUGCUAUUCACUUUCUCAGUGCAAACCUAUAAGUACUCUACAUACACAAGUAUGUAUGUAUUUAAGAUUAGUUAGAAUAGUAAAGAAAGUUUAAAACUGUUAAAGUUUGGGGCACAGGUUUGGCCGUGCUCUGGUGGAUAGAGGCAGGUUGCCUGGGGUUACUUCAAACCUGCCUGGUCCUGCACGUCAUUCCCGACUCUCUGUCUUCUCGUUGUCUACCAUAUCAUCUGUCAUAUCUCGAAACAAAGGUUUAAAAACCCCAAAAAGACUCACUAAAAACAGGAGCUGGCAAACUGAGGGAAAACUGGAGGCAGAAUAAAAAGUUAAAACUCAAGAUUGGAAAUUAAACUAACCAAAAUAGACGGACAGAUAAGAUCCUAACACACGAAGAGAUUAAAGCUGCAGCAAAGAGUUUUUUACUGGUUAUGAAAGCAACCAAAAUUAAAGUUGAUAAUAAAUAAGACCAGAAAUAGAAGCAGUAAGAUCAGACGUCUAAAAUUACUGCGGGUUUGGGAGUCAGUCACAGUUAAUUUGAUUAAUUACAAACUAUCAUCCAGACUUUUUGUUUAUAUUUCACAGCAACGACUUUAAAUCAAAAUUGUAGUAAAGUACAGAAAGAUUUUUUACUUGAAAACAGUCUUAGAACAUAUGAAAAAAUUCAGCAAAGACAGAAAAACAGUAAAAGGAAAUAAAUCUAAAUGAGCUACAAUAAGAUAAUGAACUUCUUCUUUAAGUUGCACUUGAUGGUUUGACUCUUUGCUGAAAUGAAUGUUUGGGUUUUAAAAAUUGUAUUUUCAAGAUUUAAUUCUGCGUCAUCCUCGAGCCUAAACUCGGAGCUGAUUUUUGAAGUCCUCAGUUUCUUUGUUGUCGGUGUAGCGAGCGAACCAAAUGAAGGCUGUAAUCUUUGCUAACACACAGAUUAGAUCCUGUUAUUGUCUCCCACAUGCUGAUUUCAUUUACCGCUUUAAUCCCGCUCUCUGCUCUUCCUGAAAGUGGUCCUUGGCGCCUUUGACGGCGGAUUACUCGAUGUUUUGAGAACCUUUUCAUUGCAAACACGCCAACAUUCAGCCUCUGUUAGCAGAAAACACGCUUCCAAGAAAUGAUAGACUCUCCUCUAAGCUGCUUUUCUUGGCUAAAGCCCUUGAGAACGUGGUUUCUUGGCAACUUUUGAGAUGGGUUAGAAAAUAUCAAUAUAUUCAAUCAAUUUCAAUCUGCAACGGCUUGUUUAUCUGCUUCCUUCAACCUACGACAGCUCAAGGUUUCAGGCAGAAACAUAUGCAGGUCCCGCUAUCACAUCUCCUCUUAUUGGCCUCCAGCUCAAAUUGUGGUUUAUUUAUAAGGCGCAAGACCCCGCAGAGUACUACAAGGAACCGUCUUUGUCUAGAGGUUAAAAUAAAAAACAAGCCAAACUCGCAAACUUCUGUCCAAAACACGAGAAAUGCUCAAUCUCUGAGGACAGGUCCAAUCAUUUCUUCUCUCCCAAUUUCUGCAGAGCGGUGUGUACCGUGUUCAGCACGUGGCUCUCCGAGUAUCCUGAGGACUUUAAGAGUUUAGGGGAACCCUCUCGCCUCCUGCGCCUGGCCCCCCUCCUUCCUCACGACUCCUCAUCUGCAGCCGACCUUCGCGCUCGGCUCCUGAGGAUAGCCGAGGAGCUCAGCGAGAGAGCCCUGCUCCCUGGCGCUCGUAAAGGUUUGCAUUGAACUGGGAUUAAAUUACAGAGAUUAUUAGGUUGUUUUUGCCUUAAUCAGCUUUUAUUCACGGUAUUAAUCCAGAACUGGGACUAGGAAAGACAAAAACAGGGGGGUUGUAUGAAGUAUCAGAUUUCAGCCUUUUACUUUAAUACUCCAAACACUUCACUCCCCUCUGUCUACUGCAUCUCUACAGGAAACACUCACAGGUCACUGUAUGAAUUACAUUAAUACACAGAUUGAGGUUAAAUCCACCGAAACAGCAGAAUCGAGGCACAGCAGGAUUAUCUGUGUCCAUUAUUCAGAACUCAGGGCAGGCUGACAGUACGAGACAAGAUCUAAUAUUAACCAACAUUUCACAUACUUUGCAUAGAAAACAGUGGGCUGUCAGUCUUUGUCGACUUUGGUGCUGCAGGAUCAGAUGGCUGGACUUUGCGUGCGCACAAUGGAUCUUAUUUGGCCUCUCUUUAUAUCUGUGCACACCAUGGACGGCAGCAUUUAAAGGAGAAUUUUGAAAAGUUCUCUUGAGUUGCAUGUAAAUGUGUUUGUUUCUGCAUGUGGGUCAAUGACGUGACAGUUUUUUUUUUUAAUGUUUCCAUGUUUUACUUAGAUUUAAAAAGGUGAAAAUUCAAAAAUAAACUCACUAAUUACUUGGAUACAUUCGCUUUUUGAAGACCUUUUCUAAAAUUUCUGGAUUUUAUCCAUUUUAAUAGAAUAUUUAGGGAGUAAUGGGAAAAAUGUCAACGUGGUGUAUCAAUAAAAACUCAGUUCCAAAUAUUUCAACUUGUUAAACAAUAAAACAAUAAAACACAAUGUCAACUAGUUAUAAUCCUACAUUUGUGUUGUGUAACUAUAAAUAAAUGAAAUGGAACACCAUGGUUCUCAGUUUUAGCCAACUUUCUUAACUGUCAAGGCGGUGUAACCAACAUUCAAGGAGCCAUUUUGUUUAUUUGUGUAAAAAGACCAUGUGACAGGAAGUUAUAUCACAGAGAAGGACCCCUGAUUAGCCUAAUUGCUGCAUGCGAAGGUCAGUAGCUCUCUUCAAAAUCUUGAUAAUUUGACAUUUUCAGGGCAUGGUCAAGUGUGCUUGUGUCAAAUGGUAAUAUAGCAGAGAGUGCGCAUGAUGGAGAGCUUGCUGGAUGGAUACUGGCGUUACCGAUCCUACUCAUAGACCUGCAUCAGGUGUGUGUUUGGGACUGAGGUCGGGUGGUGUUGUUGGUUUCUGGAACAGUUUUGAAGUUCAACAAAGAAGGUUGUUGUUUGAGAAAUACUGACCUAACCUCACUUUGGUUGACUUGACAAGGGGCACAGAGAUGUGAUUGAGGCGGGUUAACAGCUUCAAUGUGCCUACAAGUUAAUCAAACCACUAGUUAUGUAUAAACAUUGUCACCUUAAUAACUUAAAUAGAGGGAUUGUCAACAAAAACCUUUCAUUUACUCCGAGUCCAAACAGAGAAAUCAGUGAUUCAGACUAAAACUGUAAGGAUUUUAAAGAUGGCGUUUUCACAUCGGUGUUGUCGGGGCGUCUUUGGUUUCAUUUAAUAAACUGCAGCUUUUUUGCACGUCCUUAUUGGCUUUGCUUUUUAUUUCUCGGGUUUAUUUGAGAGCAAUGAAUCCUAAUCUUGUUUUUCUCAUCCCCUAAUCUCGGCUCAUAAGUGACACAUCUUAUUAUCUCCAGAUAACAGAUGCAAUCGUUUUUCUUAUGAAACGAGAUUCCAGCUUCCUCGUGUUUUCCUGCGAUAACUAAAUAACUGUUAUCUCAAAGAAAAAAGCCACCACUCUGCACACACACUCACAGAUCACAUCAGCUGCUUUAAGAUGGACUAGUUCCUGUAACUGAAACCCUGCAGAGAUACUGUAUACGGCAUCUAUAAACAAAGGUGUGUCUCGUGUUUUGAAUCCACGGUUUUAUUGAGCAGCUCCUCUCUUCCUCUCUCUGCAGAUCAGACCGGUUUCACCAGCUCUCCUCCUAACGCCUCCAAGUUUGAACCCACCAGCAUCCUGGGCUUCCCUGCAGCACUCAUCGCCGAGCAGCUCACCAAAAUAGAGACAGUGAGUCUUUGUAAAAGCCUGAACGUGUUUUUAGGAAGACAGUGAAGUAAAAUUUUAAAAAGGAGCUCAGAAAUUUAUAAGAUUACAGUUUUUGUUUGUUUUGGUUGUAAUAUUUACAGAGUUUACAGCAGGUACCUGCUUUUUAAUGGAGAUAUGUUUCUGUUUUUCCUUGUUUAAGAGACAUAAAAAUACAAGAUCCUUCAAGAUCAUAGUUUGUGCAUUGCAUUACAUAAAUGCACAACACCAUUAAAAUUUUCUACAUGCUGUCAAAACCACAAUUUUGAAGCAAGAGGGAGGAUUUUAGAACUCUAAUUCUCCAAACGUUUGUACUCUUUAACCAGUUAAACAUUAUAUCUGGGUCUGAGACGACAUAUCAAGUGUUAAAAUGAAAAUAUUUUACCUUUACCUGAAAAAUACAGUAUACACUCGUUUUGGACUUGAUGCGGUCUUCAUAAAAAAGUCAGGACAUGUGCAUCAAAACUCUAAAAAAGUCAAAAAACGCUCAAAAACACCUUUUACAACUAAUUAUUUCACUUUGCUACAGGUUAGUAACAUGACUGGGAUUAAAAAAGACAGAAAGAGGAUCACUGCUAAGAGAGACUAUGUCAGCGAACAGUUUAUGAAUAGUGUUCUUAAAACUGCAAAGAAUUUGAUUUUUGACGAGAAAUCUCUGAUCAAAAAUGAGACAAGACCAAAAGCCGAUAAAAGACAGCUGUGAUCUUUAGGCCUUCAGGUGUCAGCGCAAAAACAGAUAUGACUCUGUAGUGGAAACCAAAAUCACUGUCAGAAGUCACUGACUUCCAACACAGGUCAUCACUGCAUCCACAAAAGAAGGUUAAAACUGAACCUUUGACUUUUACGGGUCCAAUAUAAGACAUCUUUGUUCUGUCUCGUAUCAGGAGCUGUUCGUCCGCCUCGUCCCGUACCACUGCCUGGGCUCCCUGUGGUCUCAGAGGGAUAAGAAAGGGAGGGAAGAUGUUUGUUGGUCCGUCCGAGCCACCGUACGCCAGUUCAACAAACUGGCGAAUGCAGUUUUAGCCUCCUGCCUUUGGCCUACAAGGCUGCGCAGCCAGCAGAGAGCUCGACUGCUGGAGAAAUGGAUCAGCGUGGCAGAGGUUGGUGUGAAAUAAUCGCACACUGAAGCUUCAAAAAUGUGAAUUUAUGUUCGCUUUUUAGGUAAGAGUUGGAAUAAAUGAGGCAGAUCUCCAAAGAAAAUUACCAAGAGUAUGGCAGCUGGGUGUUCAAGCCUUCCAAAACCCUUAACUGUGCCUUUCCCAACAAUAAACUCCCUUUAAUCCUCUAACCAUAAUCCUAUUCUCAGCUCCGACUCUACACAUACCAACAGAAAUUCACAGUUUGCUCGGUUUCUGCUGUGACUGUUCUGGGAAUUUCACUUUAAUCCAUGGCUGAGAGCAAACCAUGGAAAUUAAGUCCAGAUUUAUGAUUCCUCUCUAGAAAGAGCAGCAGUGACUGAAAAACAAAAUAGCGCUCUGGUGGUUAAAGAGCAGCUCGGUUUGUACUGAAAGAGGACUCACAGUUCCAGCACACCUCUACAGAGUCAGGUAGGAAAUGUGCUGCAGAAACAGAGCGUUCCCACGAUGUGCUGAGUCAUAAACUGUGAUGUAUGACCUCAGAGCACACAGGAAAGAUUUAAAUCUGCUGAAAACGGACGGAUUAUUCAGGAGGAGUGUGGACUCACUGAGCUCUGGAGCGGUGUUAUGGUAAUUAUGCAGAGCAUAAGUUUGCUCUAAAAUAUUAAAGACCUCACAGCUUCAAAAGAUCUGCUCACACACACACACACACACACACACACACACACACACACACACAUAAACAUCCUGUCCUGCCUCCUUAUAUUCACAUGAGCAGCUUCAUUCUGUGCCAAGUCUCUUUAUCAGUGAAUAAAACAGAGCUUCUCCCCGGUUUCCCUGAAUGAGAGCUACAUUUAUCACACACACACACAUUAACACAAACUCUCACACACACACACACACACACACACCCUCAGUCCUCUCUGGCAGAGUAAGGCAUCACUGGUUUCCUGCCAAAGUGGCGUCCUGAGCUCUUUCCAGGUUUCUUUCGGGACAAACCUCUUUAGGAGUAUACAUUAUUCAGCGUUUUAGGCUGACACUGUAACUGAAUACGAGCCAGCCGCACACCCACAGGUGUUCUCAGUUACAGCGGGGCUGUGUGCGUGUGUGCAUGCAUUCAAAUGAGUGAAGUCAUCUGUGCGUGUGUGUGCUUUCAACAGGAGUGCCGAGCCAGGAAGAACUUCUCCUCGCUGUACGCCAUCGUGUCGGCUCUGCAGAGUAACCCUAUCCACCGGCUCAGGAGGACGUGGCAAGAAACUGACAGGUCUGAAGCUCCGACGAUCCGCAGCAUGAAAUAUUAAAGUAGACAGCCUGAAGUGUCAUUUUUUUUUUAUAUAUACGGGUAAUAACAGCUGAAGCGAUAUCUGCUAAAAAGAGUAAAUAUUAAAUCCUCAGAUCGAAGCUAAAGUAAUGAAACAAGAAGGUCUUUUUUUAUUAGAGGGGCAGAGAAAUGUUCUUCUUUGAUGAGUUCAUAUCCUAAAAAAACAUACAGAAGAGUUUUUCUAAAGUUUUUCAAUUUCUUCCCCCCAAAAAAAGACACUUUGCUGUUUUCCACGCGUACUAAAAAGAGUUAAAUAGAAUUAAUUACAAUGGAAUAGAGAAUGGAAUGUUUUGACCGGAAUGAUGAAAAUAGAAUGUUGGAAAAAGAAUGAAUGGAGUAGAAUUUGAUUCAAUGCAAUGUAACAGAAUAAAGCGGAAUGGAAGAGAACAGUAUAGAAGACCAAAGAACAGAAUAGAAUAGAGUAGAAUGGAAUGGAAUUAAAUAGAACAGAAUAGAAGAGAAUAAAAUAGAAUAUAACAGAACAGAAAAGAUCUGGAUAGAAUAAAGUUGAAUGUUAAAGUUUCACUUUGUAAUGAAAAUUAUUUCAAGUCUAAUAGGAGGACAUUACACGGGUAGAAACUGUAGGAAUAUUGAAUUUAAAUAAUCACAGUCUGAUACAGCUGUGAUCAAUUCUGUCUGUAGUGCAGUUCUGAAUUCAAAUACAAUCGUUAAAAUAUCGGCACUGAAAUAUUUUUGGGUCCUGUUAAGAUUCAACUAAACCUUGACCAGACUCUUUUUUUUUUCAGAAAGCAAAACUUUAAUGAGCAAAAAACAAAAUCAGCAAAAAUGUAAGCGGUACCACUUUCUCCACAGGGUGUGUCAGAACUGUUGCAACCAGAAUUAUCUUCCCAGGAGUUUCAACAGAAAAUACCAAACGCUGACUAAACUUGAGCAAAAGUCCCACAAACAAAAAAAAUCUGUAUUGGAAAGUUGAUCACUUCCAUUUCUCUGUCCUUUCUGUUUGUUUCCCUGAACAUAUUUUAAAGUUAAAAAGACAAAGAGCAAAGUGAUAAACAUUAUUCAGAAAGAAAUAACUGCCGUGUGAGGGUGUAUAGAUCAUUAGGAUGGGAAAUGUAGUUCUUAACAAAAUAUUCUGGACUCUAGAUCUUUAGGUAUUGUUGUAUUUAAGUAACUGCAGACUUUUAAGACCCUCUGCUGGUGACUCAGGAACUGCAGGACCACCUCAGGUCUCCACGACCUACACCGUGCUCAGAGUUAGACUCAUAAAUACAUAAACGACCCAGCCUUACUGUAAUAAAAACUUCCUAUAUAUGUGUUUUUACAUAAAAUACUGUAAAUAGGGGGGAUGGUCACUUGUAGCUCCAAACAGAGUUAUGGGAAGUUGCUGCCACCCUCCAGACUCUUGAUUUGUGCUGAAACCAGCAGCCCUGCACAUAAAUCUGAAGAGGUCAUCAUAAAGAAGCAGAAGUUAAAAAAUCUUUCCUCAAACUAAAACAAAAAAAAAUGCCUCUUCAGCAGAUUGGUCACAACAAGGAGCGAGUCGAGCUGCGUCAAAACAGCGUCUCCAAGUCAGUAAUCAGCUGAUGACAUUAUGGUCUUGACUAAAUGUUCCCAUUAGUCAUCGGUUCUCAAACAUGAGUAUCCAAUUACAGGACUGUUCAUGCUUAUUGACUGAUUGAUUCAUUUGAUUUAAUUUAAUUUAUGGGUCAUGCAUCCAAAGUGAACUCCUGCAGAAGUACAGCUGCAGGGGUCCAGUGGUGAUUUAAAGAGUUGUUUCAGAGGAGCAUGAUCUUUUUUCAGCUCAGUCUCUUUUCAGGAUUUAUAUUUAAAAUCUGCUAAAGCACAGCUGAAGUUUUUCAUUAUCAUCAAAUCUGCAGAAAUGAACAAUAAUGAAAAGAAAUGAUUUGAAAAAGUUCAUCUUAUAUGUUUAAUAUCUUACUGUGGACUAUCUUAUUGUUUGUGUCACCUGGCAGGGAGGCGAUGAAGAGAUACGAGGAGCUGUCCGAAAUAUUCUCAGACAAGGACAAUUAUUCACAAAGCAGAGAGCUGCUGAAGGAGGUGAGUGUCUGUCAACACAACCUGCACGCUAACAGUGGAAAUGAAGCAGGGGUGAAAUAAAAGACUGUGAAUUAGAACUUUAUCUGCAUGUUCAGAAACAUAAUCCUGUGUUAGUGGUACUCAGAGGUUUGCUGCUACAUGAGCUGUUUUUUCAGGUCGAGAUUCUGUGUUUUUUAGAUAUCUUGUCAUGUGACUAAAGUUGUUUGUUUAUCAGUGAGACCAGCAAGUUUCUGUGUUGAACAGCUGCCAGUUUUUGUUUGUAGUGAUGGUUUAAUUUCUCUUCAGAUGUACUAAUUUUAUUACAGAGCUAUUUUUCUACAAUCUUUGUUGCUUUUGUCUGUUUUUCUCUAAUUAUGUUUUUACUCCUCGGCUAAAAAACUUCACAGCUCUUUUUCUUGGUUACUUCAACCUGUAGCUUCAAACACUCUGAGUUUAUACCUGAAUUUAUUAGAAUUUUCCUUAACUGUGUAGGCCUUAACUGUGCUAACAUGAUCAGCAUGAAUCGGGACGUUGCAAUGAAGAAAAGGCAUGCAACAGCGCCAGAAUUCUGGUUUAUCAAAAUCUAUCAUGCUACUGUGAACAUCUACUUUAUCCUGCAUACCAAUGUUUGCUAAUUAGGAUUACCUUCAGCUGAAAUUCUAAAGGAGACCUUUUAUUGUCAUUUUUACUUUUCAUUAUGUCAGUCUUGGAGUCUUGGACACCUGUUGAGAGGUCUUGCAGGACCUGCAGCUUAAAAAGCUUCUUAUCUUUUUAUCCUGGCAUCCAUGGGUGUUACUUUUUACACAGUGUUGUGGUCACAAAUGACCCAAAAGUUAUGCCUCAACUGAGACAAGCUGUAAGCACCAACUUAACUUCCUGCUGAUAGAAUACUUCAGGUUUCAUUAGAUGCAGAUCUAGCUUGGACUAGCCUUUAUUUUCAGAGGACUUAUUGGUGAAGUGACGAGCUCAAACAUUUACGAUGUGGGGAUUAUCGUAAAAAUAUAAACUUCCCACUGUUUCCUGGUGUCUUAACUUUAGGGAAGAGAAUUUAAUCGGGACUUUCCUUUAGAACUAAAAGAACAUUUACGAGGUGUUUUUUUUCUGUGCUGAAUCAACAAAGGAAGAAGCAAAGCAGUGAAAUAGACUUUCCAGCCUCCUUAUUAACAGACCAGGCUCAUCUCUUAGUAUCAUCCUAAUAGGACAGCAGAACCGAUGUCAGGUUGUGGGUAUGUCUCAAAACAAGCUGUCCAGAGAAGUACAGAUCAGUAUCUCCUUUAAUGUGCACUAGAUUUUCACUUUUCAUCGACAUUUAACUCAAAUCCUUUCACCAAAACCAUCAGAAUACGUCUGAAUCUAUUCAAGAGUAUAUAUGAGUCUAGGUUGACUCUUGUUUUUUCGUCCCUAAAGCCACACAGCUUUUAUGGCCAUAAAUAAAACACUGGAUAUGCUGACAGACAACAAACUGUCCAGUUCGCUCUGUCAGGCCUCUCUAACUGCAGCUCUGGAAAGCAUUACUCUUGUGCACUCUGACCGAUAGCUCACAUCCUGGGGACGAGCAUCGUAAUUUGAACACCAGUAGUCGACAUUUAUUAAUGCAUCUGUCAAGUGCCACUACUGGACCACAUUUGUUAAAUCCUAUCUGCACAGGCUGAAGUGGAGCCUCAUCCUCCUCGGCUGAGAACAGCGUUUAGCUGUAGAGAUUUAUGGCUGCUUUUAAGAGCAGAAACCGGUCUAAUCUGGUUGAGCACAACUGCCCUUAUUCUGUCAACACUUUCCCUUCAGUGUUCGACUCUCAUCUGAAGACAUACAUUAUAUUUAGUUUGUGUCAGAGAGGCUGAGGAAGUUGGCAGGAUUAGCUGUGUUUUGAUUCGCUGUUAUGGUGCAGUGCAGACAUCAAUACCUUUGCAUUAGUGUGUGAUUUUACCCAUGAUACCCCCAAAGGACUUCAUCCUAACAUUUGCUUUCAUUCUGAAAGCUUCACUCAGAGCUUUGAUUUCAGAAAAACACCCUCGCCUUCUGCUGCCCUUUGAUUUCUCUCCGCACAGUUACAGACUUACCUUCAUCUCUCUGCUUGUCUAAAAAUGACUGCGACUAGCAGACGGUGUAAGAUGAAUGAUACACAAUAAUAAAAGACUCACUGAAAGUUAUGGGACAUAAAUUAUUCACAACAGUGAGUACUGAAGCGUUUGGCAUGCUAACACUUCAAUAUGAUGCAUGGUUAUAACAGGAAAUGUCUCCUGUGCUGACAUAGAGGGGUCAUGUGGGAUCACUUUGAUGUGGAGUCAGCGCUCUCAUUUCUGGGUCUUUUAAAUGGAAAUUCAAGAUUUGACUAACGAAGGAGCACAAUUCAAAUAACGCAGAUAAACACAGAAUUAGGAAUAAUACCAAACUGGUGAUUAGUGAUAGCAGAGACAGCUGCAUUUAGGCCUUACAGGUCAUGUCCACGUUAGAGUCCAGUUUAACUAAACACAGCCUACAGACAACAUUAGAGCUUCAUUUUCAUGUAUGUGUGAAUCGCUGUGAUUUCUAAUGUUCCUGUGUAACUCCUCCACUCUGUAAUAUUUCAAGUAUUUGUUCUCUGAGAUAAAAAGUUAAGCAAAAACACCUCGUCUCCACUUACUAAGGCUGCUUCUACUAUCUCUGUCGCUUCUAUGUUAAAGGGAUAUUCCGGCAUGAAAUUAAUUUAGGGUCAAACACACCGUAACACCAAGUUAGACCCCCUUCAAGAGUGUCUAGUGCUAUGGCUGUGACCCUAUAUGUCCUGUUGAUGAAGUUAGGUGCUGUUCUGAGUAUUAUUUGUGGCUAUAGAGUGGCGUUUUGUUGAGGUUUGCACAUGGAGACGUAGACUGCUGUGUAUUGCUUUUGUGCGGUCAUUACUAAAGUUGGUAUAACUAGAGAAGUAAGCAGUCGGUCAUCUCUCGAGGGGGGUGUCUAACUCUGUGUUUCAGUGUGUUUGACCCUAAAUUAAUUUUACGCCGGAUUAUCCCUUUAAAUACAGACAAAUUCAAACGCCUCUUCAGGUAGAAUCUAUCCAUCCUGCAUUAAUCAGGUCAUCGAUUCAGUUCCUGGAAAUGUUUCCCAUUAAAUGAACUUUUGUCUUUACUGCUGUUAUAGUCAGUGCUAAUUCCCCUCAUUUACUAGGCCUCAAUAAAAACUGACUAAUGCUCAAUUAACCUUAAUGUGUUAAUAUAUUAAUACUGAAAGAAAAUUCUUUGUAAACAAUUGAAAACAGAUUAUAAAUCAUUCGUUCCCUUUGAUUCUUAUUCUCAAAUUUCCUUGCAAAUCUACUUUUUACUAAAGUUAAUACAUUCAAGAGUUGAGUAAAGACACAUUUACUGGUUUAUCCUGAGUGAAUCUUUUUAACUGUUUUGGAUAUUUUGAUCCCAUUGCACGACUUUCCUGAGUUUAUGGAAGGGGUCUUUUGUUUUUUGUCUUGCAGGAGGGCACGUCAAAGUUCGCCAAUCUUGAUAACAGGCUCAACAACAAACACCUUAACAGGGUAAGUUGAUUUAGUUUAACUUUGACAAAGGCAGCCUUGUUAGCGGAAACUCACUCUGGUGAAUAUCUAGGUCAGGGUCGAUGAGCUUUCUCAACAACAACAACAUGCUGAAACCCGCAGACUUGUAGUUGUGUAGGUCAGAGCUGAAGGUGCGAAGAAGAACAACCUAAACAUCUGAUAUUCAUCCUCCGACGUGCGUGAACUCAUUCGGGGUCACCGAGACACUUCAGAGUGUUCGAGUCACAGAGGAGUCACUUGAAAUGAUUUCACCAUUUGUCGCAGAGGCGAAACCUCAGAUCUCGGAGCAGAUCAAAUGGAACAAAUUUCACGAACUUAACAUCCUAAGUCUGGCAUGCAUACCAAUCAUUUUCGCCUGAAGGGUUGAACACCCCCGUAGGCCUUAAUGGGAGACCUUGGCAAGUUAAGGAAUGAUGUAAGAGGCUGCAAAAGUGUCAUUACUGUUGUAAAAGUUAGGGGACAAAGUGGGCUGUCAUUUCUGCAGGGAGGGAUCUGCGGUUCAACAUGCAUUGAAUUCGUGUAUUUAAAGGCCCUGUAAGUCUUUGUAGUUAAUCUUUAAUCAUGUGCUACAAAUCUCGAGGAGUUCAGGAUGUCAAAAACAUGCGAGUAGGAUUCAGAUUUGUUUCCCUCUGUUACAGGUUAGUGAUGGAUUUUAACUGAACGCACUUGAAAAGACGGUUUUUCCACAUUCAGACGCUGAUUCUGGUGUCAGUCUUGCUAAGCAGGGGGUGAUCCAGUGUUUUGAUGCAGGGCUGUAAGGGGGCUCGACUGGCAUGCAGCAGUGAAGAAGAACAGAGGGCUGUCGUGUGUGUGUGUGUUUGUGUGUGUGUGUAUGUGUGUGUGUGUGUGUGUGUGUGUGUGUGAUGUGCUGAAUCCAGAGCCAUGGGUUUGAAAAAUAGCUGCAGGCGGCCGCUCUGAAAUCCCUCUCUGCGUGUGGGCUCUUUUACGAUGUGAAAAGAAACCUCCGGGGGAAACGGAUGAAACACUGUCUCUCUUUUUUUCCGACACAGUCUAACGCCCAGGGCACCGUGCCCUACCUGGGAAUCUUCCUCACAGACCUCACCAUGCUGGACACGGCAGUCAAAGACAGGCUGGAUGUAAGUCACACCCCCUGAGAGUUGUUGGUGAUUUUUCAUUUAUCAAACCGGCUUUACAAAAAAACCCGUCACUCUGUUUUGCAGAACGGCUACAUCAACUUCGACAAGAGGAGAAGGGUGAGUGUCGCUUAAAUAUCAACACGGAGCUGCUCUAUCUGAUGCUCUGAUGCUAUUCCGAUGUAAUGACUCUGCCGCUGUGUUUCCACACUGAUUUGUUGCAACCUCAUAACCCUGAGAUGAUUAUGUGAGGGAGAGCACACCUGAAAGAAAAAAAAGUCACAAAGAGAAAAGAGAUACGUGGGGUAAUUUCUGAGAUAAGCGCCUAUUAGAGCGAGCAGAGGUAACGUAAUACCUGGGGGAGGAAAUGAUUAAGUGUAGGGCGCCGCGAGGAGCAGGAUGAGGGGAAUAAAAGAAGAGUAUUACUAGAUCAGUCAACACAGGCUUUUUUAUUUUCGCAUCGUGAAACUCGGUGCUGAUGAGACGCCUCUUUGUGAACAGGAAUUUGAGGUUUUAGCUCAAAUCCGGCUCCUGCAGUCUUCCUGCAAAAACUGCGUCUUCACUGCUGACGAGGCCUUCACACAGUGGUACCAGAGCGCGCCCACGCUGACGGAGGAGGAGAGGUAAACCAUCCGAGAUACACGUAUUCAGGAUGUUUGAAUUUGAUGGAUCAUAAAUGUCUGAAUCUGUCGGAUUUUGUGUGAUCGUUUCAGCUACAGGCUGUCGAGUGAAAUCGAAGCACCCAGCGAGCCGAGCCCUCGCAGCCUUAUGCCCACCGUCAUCAUCACACAGUGCCCAGAGUAAGCAGCACACACACACACACACACACACACACACAAAAAAGUGUGUAAGUAAAGAGCAGAGUGGGAUCCAGGGGGUCAGUCUGGGUCAUCUCGAACGAUUUUACACACGAGUUUAAGUAUUCCUCACGACAAAGCAAACAAAUCAGAGCGCGAGGAGUCUAAAGUAUCUUCUGUGGUUCUGGAGGAGCUUCCUGGAGUCUGAGGCGCGGAGUGUGACGGAUACGAGCAUUUACCAGACAGGAAGAGUCUGAUGGAACCCGCUGUGAGGAUGCAUUAUGGAAAAUUUGCGAUUUCCUGCUUUUAAAUGAGUUCAAUUUGCAUGACAUGAGGAGGAGGAGGAGGAGGAGGAGGAGGAGGAGGUUUGGAGUGUGCUGCAAAAUAAGUCAGAAAUUAUCUGCUGUUCUGAAUUUGAACAAUUUCUGCCGCAGUUUUUACUUCAGGGAGUUAAAAUGUCUCACACAGGCACCCUUACUUUAAUGUAGACAGGAUGUGAUUAUUAUUUCAUGGACAUUAAAGCUGUAGUAUGCGUAUUUUAACAACAUUUAGCCAAACAGACUGGUAGAGCUGUUUUUUAAAGGUGUAUUUCACCUUUUUUUUACUUUAACAUAAACAGAAGUUGUAAUGUUCCCUUCCAUGUACGCUGAAGUGUUUCUAUGGUAGCUCAGAAUGGACAAACUAGUGUCAUAGGUAUUUUUAUGAUAAGAGAGAGAACUUCGAUCUUUCAGUGUUCUAACUGAAACAGUCAUACAGGUUUUGACUUUUGCUGCAGAUUCUGGGAUUUUUAAGAUCUAUUUCUAUACUGUAUCAUAAAGAAUUAGCAGGUAUGCAGCCCUGGAGACAGAUAAGGGAGUGAUCGUGAUGCAAAACAAAGGGGCUUUGACAGUGUAUUCAUAUAUUUCGGGGGUGUUUUUAUGCUAUAAAGGGAGUUCAUCAAACCCUAAAGAAGGAGGUCUUCAUAGUGCCAGACAGAAUAAGUACUGAUGGAGGUUUUUUGAAUCAUGACAAAUUCAGGAUGACAGGAGCUUAUUGUCCUCGAAGGUUACUGUAUCUUUAUCAAGAAAAGGGGUGAACAAAGGAGCGCUUAACUGCAGAGUCCGACGGCUAGAUUUCGCUAAAUCUUCCCAUUUCUACGUGCUUAACCUGCUUAAAAAUUAAAAGGCUUUCAAAUCCCUCGUUUUAACUUCUCAAAUGAGAGUUUCCUUCAUGAUCAUUAAUUUUUAAGAUCAUUUAAUGGAAGCUGCAACCUCCGGUCUGGAGACAUGAAGCCAAAGCAAAACUGCAGUUCCUUUAGUGUCCACUUGAAGCAGGUUCCCAAAGCCUCAGAAGCCACAUACACACCGACUCUGCUGCUUCAGUCUUUGCUUUAACCACACCGAACUCAACUCGGCGUCAUGAGACUCUUUUUAACAUGUUCUGACAUUUUUUUGACUCAAUCACUUUUUAGAAAUUACAGUUUUAGUGGAAAAUGAAGGAUUGAUUAUAAUGAUAAUAAUUAUAACAUGAUUCCAGCCUAAUUUAAAAGUGCUCCGUGUGUUGACAGCCUAAGUACCUCUCGGACCAGCCUGCCUGGUGACAGUGACAGCCUCUUUGACUUCUCCUCCCCGGUUAACAACCUGCUGUCAAAACUCACUAAAGUAAGAUAUCAUUAUUAUUUUUAUUUUUAAUACUUCAGGGGAACGCUGCCUUUUUAAUCGCCUGUAUGCAUGAUUGAGCUGUGUUUUGUUUUUGUGCGCUGAGAGGACCAGACUCCAGUUUCAUGCUCGAUGAGUAACACCACCCUCGGCUAUCAUCCUCAUCAUUAUCCUCAUCCUCCUCAUUUCUGUUGCAGCACAUGAGAUCUCCGUCUGUGUCCUGUCUGGAUGUUGACACGUCUCCCCCGACCAAUGACUCCACUCCUGCCACGUUGACUCCCUCCAGUCCCACAAAAUCUCACCGCCGAUCGGCCUCCUGCGGCAACAACCCUCCGAAUAACGUCCAAGGGUCGGGGCCUGACAUGCGAAUCAUCAGGAUACGGAUGGACCUGCAGGACGGAAACCUGUACCGAAGCAUCCUGGUACUAACCCGGACUAUUUGAGUGUAAUUUACAGCAGCAGCAGUCAGAGUGUAGAAAAUGCUCUGGCCCAUAUUAUCUCUGCCUCGGUGCACUUACAGCCUCUCCUCUUAUCUGCAGAGAUCCUGUAAUGAUAGUCAUCAGAAUCAGAUCCUGAGGGUACAAUGGACCCAGGAUAUCAUUAGUGCAAAUCAAGCUGUCCCCGUGUCAUUGUUAUUCUCGUCUCUCCCCUCAGGUUACGAGCAAUGACAAGACCCCCACUGUGAUCAGCUCUGCCUUAGAAAAGCACAAUCAGGACCCCAAACAGGCAUCCAGAUAUGAGCUGAUACAACUUCUGCCGGAAGGGAAAGGUGAGGGGAAAUAAUCCACAGCUGCUGCCUCGACACUGCUGGAACUGACAGGAGUAUUUCUGGACCGAUUUUACCGUCACAUAUCCAAUCUACCACAAACAACAGCUAAAACUGGUCAAAUCAAGGUUUUCAGACCAUAUCUUACCUCUUUGAACAGCUUAUACUGAAUAAACUUAGACAGUCAUACGGGAUUUGAAGGGAAAUUCCGGCGUAAAAUUAAUUUAGGGUCAAUCACACCAUAACACUGAGUUAGACACCUCCUCCAGAGAUGAAUGUUGCCGACUGCUUGCUUCUCCAAAACGCCACUCUAUAGCCACAAAUAAUGCUCAGAACAGCACCUAACUUCAUCAACAGGACAUAUAGGGUCACAGCCAUAGUACUAGACACCAAACAUCUUUUUAACUUUGACUCAUUUCUUUAGCAAAGAGACUAAACACAACUCACCUACUCUCUUCCAGCAGCCGCUUGUUUGUAGCAAGACCCCAGGCCAGUCUAUUAUGGACUACAGCGGGGUGACGCAGCUCAAGGAAGAACAUUUAUGAUCAUUUCUUUAUCAUUUCUUUGAAGUAAUAAUCACCAUAUUAAUCAUUUUUCACUGCAGACACGGUAGUUCUUCGGCCUUAGCGUCUCGGUCUGAUUGUAUUUCCAUGAAGAAAUGAUCAUAAAUGUUCUUCCUUGAGCUGUGGCACCCCACUGUAGUCCGUAAUGGACUGGCCCGAGGUCUCGCUACAAACAAGCAGCUGCUGGAAGAGAGUAGGUGAGUUGUGUUUAAAAAAAAAAAAAAAAAUGCAUCAGAUUUCAUAUAGCGCUUUAUCAGAGACCCUCAAAGCGCUUUACAUUGGAUACAUCAUUCAUUCGCUCACACAGUCACACUUUGGUGGUGGUGGAAACGUGGCUGCCAUUCUGCGCCUACGGCCUCUCCGACCACCACCACACAACACUCACAAUCAUACACCAGUGGAGGACACACACUGGGAGCAAGGUGGGUUAAGUGUCUUGCCCAAGGACACAACGGACAGACUUGGAUUAGGGGGGAAUCGAACCGCCAACCUUCCGGUUAUUGGACGACCGCUCUACCUCCUGAGCUACUGCCGCCCCCAGUUUAGUCUCUUUGCUAAAGAAAUGAGUCAAAGUUAAAAAGAUGUUUGGUGUCUAGUACUAUGGCUGUGACCCUAUAUGUCCUGUUGAUGAAGUUAGGUGCUGUUCUGAGCAUUAUUUGUAGCUAUAGAGUGGACUUUUGGUUGAGGUUUGUUUAUGGCUCCUCAGACCUCUCUGUAUUGCUAUCCUGCGGUCGUUUCUAAAGUUGGUAAAACUAGAGAAGCAAGCGGUUGGCAACAUUCAUCUCUAGAGGGGGUGUCUAACUUGGUGUUGUGGUGUGUUUGACCCUAAAUAAAUUUUACGCCAGAAUGUCUCUUUGACCCUUAAGUAACUUCAAAAAUUUGCAAAUCCUGCUUCAUAGUUCACUCGCCUUAAAGAGGAACCUAAGGGGGGAAUAAUAUCAAACAACAGUCCUCACAUAGAUCAGGUCUUUGGAUGUUUGUCUUAACCCUGAUGCCACCAGAGCCGGACUAAAACUCUGCUGCAGCUUCAGAUAAAAACCUCCCCCAGUCCUGAUUUUGUCUUUCUUGUGAUCUUUCCACAGAGCUGGUGAUCCCUGCGACAGGAAACGUCUUCUACGCCAUGACAUCAUCCAGUGUGGACUUCCUGUUGAGGAAAAAAGGCGGAAACGUUCCUCUGGGCUCACAGCCAAUCAACACGGAGACGAGCGCCACUUUUCCUCGAAUAAAAGCCAAGGGGAGGCGGCUGGUCCGGACUCUGUUUUGACGGCGUCGUUGUUUUUUCAGGAGCCCUCUUUAACAGCGAUCGUGGCCUUCUCUGUGCACAACGAAAAUUUGCAUUUGCCUUUCUCCCAAAGUCCUGCGACGCGUCCUCGACCAAAAGACCAAGUCUCCAUUUCAUCUCUAGCCUAACCUCUCAGACCUCCAGCUGCCCCGCUGUGAUCCCAGACUCUUUCAGAACUUAUUCACACCGAGACGAGGAGCGACGGAAACAUGUAACAGAGUUUUUUUGGUGCUGGCCCGUGAGUUUCAUUCAGGUUGCACUCGAAGCAUUUACUUCAUUCCAGCUCACUGACUGAGAUCUGUUUUAGCUCCCUGUAAUCCAGAGGAAACUCCUCGUUGUUGUUGUUGUUGUUGUUGUGUGCCUACGCUGUGAGUGAAGCUACCAAAUGUUGAUCAGAGAAGAUGCAGUUGAAGGCCGAAGAGCAGAAAAGGAAGAAGCUUAUUGAGAUCUAGAUGAAUCGUGUCGAGCAUUUCUCGCCUGGCUGCCAUUACUGCAGUGUAUAAAUAUGGAUUAUGAUUGUUCGACAGCUGCUGAUCUGAGGAAUUGAACAUUAUUCAGAUUUUACAAAUUCGACAAGAAUAGCCGACAUAAUAAAGAAAUAGGAGAAAAACUUGACCACCCUCCACAUAUAUGUGAUGUGCUGAGUAGCAUCACUUUACUCGAGUUUUAUCUUAUAAAUGAGAUCAUUUCAGUCAUCAGUGAUGAACAAAAUCCUCCCAGAGCGGACCAAUAGUACCAAUAGCAAUAAAAUUCUUGAAUUGAGUCUCUUCUGCAUCAGUGAAGCUACUUGCGAAGCAUUUUUGGCACUCUUUAUAAAGUAAAGCUUUAUAUUAAAGUUGAACUUAAGUUUUCACAAAAAGUAAAAGUUUGUCACAGCUGUUAUCAGCGUUAAAUUUGAGUCACCGAACAUCAUGUCAGGGUCGAGUCUCUAAUCCUUAAACUUCAAGUCCAAAUCACCGGGAAAGAAUCUGAGUUAAGCCCCAUUAGUCUGGUCCUUCUUAUUAAUAUUAUUCUUAUUUAUUUUCAUAGCAGCGGCUGUUUCACUCCAAACUAUUGGGACCUUUUGGAUGUGGAGAAAACACAUUUUAACACCUCAUGUCUCUUUACACACUCAUCGAUUCUGCUGCAGACAUCUCUACAGUCUCUGCAGAGACGAACGCCGUCUUUAGCUUACUAAUAGUCACAUUAUCAACAGUCCAGGGGCCGGCAGCAUCUUAGUUUUCUGGCUGCAUCCUGAGCAGAUGUCUGUUGGAGUUGUUUUUGUCUCAUAUCCUACAUGUUGCACCGCUCUUGCCUGCAGUUACUGUUGAAUAGUUUAGUUCACAGUGUCUCUUUAUCCUUGCAUGAACUCUAACUCAGCAUGCAUGCUGGCAAACGCACGUUUAAGUCCGGUCUCUGGACUGAAUAAAAAGUUAGGGCCUCACUUAAACAUUAAACCAGAGCCCGGUCUUUAUCAUGAGUCUAAAUAAGUGAAAUAAGUCCAAGUUCUCCUAAUGCAGUCAAUGCUCGAGCCUGAGUCCUCAGUCAAAGUGCAAAUCGGGUCACAAGUGGUGAAAAUCGCUUCAACGCGGACUGUUAAAGCAGCUCAGCUUCCUCCUGAUGUUGUAACCGCAGACUGUAUAUGAAAAUCUAUAAUAAUAUUCUAUAUACAGUGAGUGGUUGUGACAUAAAAAGCAACAGUGAAAGCAGAAAAUCGAUCAGCUUGCAUUACAACGUGCAGAUAGAGAUUCCACUGCAGUAAUGGCAGCUCGUGAAGUUCUGGUUGUUUGUCCGGUUUGUCUUCGGCGCCCGUCAGAUCAGGUUCAGAUAAAGACUAGCACACUAAAAGAAGAGCGGUGUGAGUGCAUUACUGUAGCAAAACACUGGAGCUUGUCAAAAGAGACUUACAUAUGUGUUGUGUAUAUUUAUAUAUAUAUAAUUCAGUGAGUGUGAAUGAUGUCAACAUUGUUUUUACACUGGCGAGGAGCUCUGUGUGUCUGAAUCAACAAGGACAAGAACAUUUCAAACAGGCCAGACUGACCGUAGAGCUGCAUGAAUCUGGGUUCUCUAUGAUUUUGCAUUUUUAGAACAAAGUGUGUGUUUGAAAUAACCUAAAAAGAAAGAUCAACUUUGCAGCUCUGUGGAGCAUUUUGGAGUCAAGGGAAUUUACUAACUAAGGUUUACGUGCUACGACUGCGACGUUCCCAAAAGGAAAACGUGCGUAAACUAAGUUAGCGACUAAAGAGAUAGAUGCUUUCCUCAGUAGCUGCUGUGAUACACCUGAAAGGAGAAUUAAAAGCACUUAUUUUAUUACACGGACAGAAUUACAGCUCCUCAUGAAUAUUUCAUCUUCAGCUGGGUUUGUAUUCAGGCAGCUAUUAGCUCAUUAACCCCUUAACAGGCAAAAAGCGCUUAACAGCUUGAGUUUCGCUGCCCCCUAGUGGCCAAAAUCAGACUAGAGCAGCUUUAAAAACACCUUGUUGCAUUUUCAAGGUGUUUUGCUUCACCUCAGUUAAUCAUUAUGAACCAAAACUAUCAAGAAUGGAUAUAUCACACCAUCAUUAUUAAGUUUAAAGACAGCAGAUUAAGUUUCCACGCAGCUCAUCUCCUCUGUUUUUGAUGCACAGUUGAACGCCUCUGCUCCAAGUUCAUGUCAUGAAGUUACAUGUCAGCCUCUCUGUGAAUAUCCUGGUCUCUGAUGGAGUCCUGUGACCUCCGCUCGCUCCUGCUCAGAGCCGGUGACGCCUCCUGCCGGCCGAGGCUCGAGCACGCCGCGAGCGGAGCGAGGAUUCUUCUGAGGACGUGUGCUCGCGUUUCACUGUUACUGAGUGUUUUAGUGCCUUUUUUUCUAACGGAUGCUCAUCUCUCCUCAUGUUUGCAUUAGAAUGUAUACAUUAUAUACCCGUACAGUGAGGGACCGCAGUCAUAUCCAGUGCUGUGUCGUCUCACAUCAAAGCUAUUUAUGCACUACAUACAGGAUGUCCUAUUUUUGUGGUAAUAAAUUUACUUUUAUAUGAA